UCUCAUAUUCCCUAAAAAAAUUUUUUCAUCGUGUUUAGUCACUGCUGUUUGCAGUUAUUUUUGGAGAAAAAAAAGUUGUGUUUAUCAGUUCUAAAGUGCAAAAAUAUACCCAAUUCCUUCCCGGAAGUAAGUACUAUCCCAGCAACGUGAAGGUUACCCUGAAUUGACCCGUUUUCUCGACUAUUUUCCACUGCACCGACCGUCGGCCCCGCUUCGAUUUGCAACGAUUGAAAACGUUUCAAAAUGGCUUCAUCGUUGAACCGAUUUUUCACCAAGAAAAUUGAUCCCACCGUGUACGGAUACGAGGAGGAAGAUGAUGAAUCCGCCAGCAGCGGCAGCGAAACUGAAACCAUUCCGGAAGAGGAGGACGAUUGCGAUGAUAGUGAUGAACAGUUGCGAUCAGUUAAAAAGCGUCGCAUUUCAGCGAUCGGUGGCGUAGCGCUAGAUAACCACACGGAGGGAAAAGCAUGUAAACUACAGCGAAAUCCAACGCGACGUCCGAAUCCAAAAAUUUCCAAUCGAAAUGCACUGCUGGCGCGAGAGAAUCGACGGCGCAAGAAGGAACAUGUUGAGAGUCUCGAGAAGGAAGUGGACGAGUUGAAGGAGGUCAACUAUAAGAUACGCAAAGAGAUGAAAAGGAAGACGAAAUUGGUGGAGCAGUUGACCCGAGAAAGGAACUAUUUGAAGAAUGUUAUUGCUAACAGGACGGGUAUAAUGGCAGUACUGAAUUCAGUUAGAAGGAUCGGUUUCCCUAUGACUUCGUCCGGAUUGAGUUAUGUGACAGAGGCUGCCAGAACGCCAGCAGGAAGUAGCAGCGACGAGGGAUUUGCUUCACCUCAUCCUCCGAUGCUUACCGACGAAGAUAACAAAUUCAACACGCACGAUUUAGGUUUGGCGUCGCAGGAAGUACUGUUUGACGAGGAGUUCAGUCGGUUACCGGACGUGGACGAGCUUCUGUCGACUAUGACGGGCAGUAAUCAAGUAAUUACCACUGAACAUAACUAUUUUGAACACAGUAAUGAAGCCUCGUUGGAAUCAGUUUCCGCAGGAGCAGAUGCAGGAGGUGUGUGCGUUCACAUCGUGCCCGGUGGGCGAGUGUCGGUGGAGUUUUGCGCCUCCUGUGCGCUGAGCUCCCACCGGGCAUGGCUCGAAGAUGCACAGGAGCGAUGAAUCAGGUCUCAGUAGUAUGUCCGUAUCAAGUUUUUUUUACUAAGAUAAUUACACAUUUGUUUUCGUUAACAAUGAUAGUGGAUAAUAUUGUUUAGAUUUGCAUAAUUAUGGUAGUUUGUACGCUACAUUUCCUUUUAACUGAAUAAGAAUCAUUCAUUCAAGUAAGACAGAAGAAUUCCGAUAAAAAAACAAGUUGGAGUAAUGACGUAGAAUAAACAAAAAACAGUCGCACAAACAUAUCCUAGUCGAGAUAGAAAAAAAACACGUUACUAGUAAUGUAUGUUGCAAUUUCAGCUGGCUACACACGCACGAGAAGCAUUGAUUUGAAACAGAAAAGACGUUGGAUUCUUCAUGUAUCUAGCUUCAGUAACCGGUUAUACAGGAUGCAAAAGAAGGUGGGGCAGUCAAUCCUUGCACAUCGAGUGAAGUACAAUUGGCCAAUGCUAUUAAACCCUUCUCAAUUCACAUUUGCAGCAAGGAUGGUUCUCGGAGAAAUACCAGAGUAGGAAGACCUAAUGCAGCAUCCAGUUUCGCCGUUGUAUCGUUUCAAAAAAGAGGGGAAUCUUUAGUUCGAUUCGGUGGAGUGGAGAAAUGAGAUAAUCUUGAAUGUUGAUUUUACAAGAGCACUCAUUUCUCCCGGGGAUCAUCGAGUCCAGCUAGAGAUCACCCUGUCCUUUAAAGUUACCCUGUUGAGUCACGUUGCUUUCACUCCACUUUUUCUGCCAUUGGAUUGUUAUUUCAGAAAGUUGGAUUCAAUCAAGAAUGAGAGAGAGAUAGAGAAGUAGCUUCAACUCUAGAGACUGUCGGCCAAACUCGUUCGUGCCACUCUGGUAGGUAUUCUAUUGCCAUUAUCUCCAACUUGUUGAACUAUUUUUAUUGUUUUUUCGAACCAACCGUUACGUUUUGGUUUCAAGUAUAGAAUAAGUGAAUUCUCAUCAGCAUCCAUUUUAGGUAAGCUCAUAUUUUGUCUUAUGUAUAUACAAAACAAACUAAACUACUUAAAUCUAAAAGAUAGGAUAGAAAGUCACAAGUAAAAUAAAUACAAAUAACGUAUCAUACUGUUUGAAACAGUGAAAACA